CAGGGUCAGAUGGUGGAGAGGAACAAGAGCCCGGCCUCUCCCUCCAGGCCUGCGGCCCAGACGCCCAUAAUAAGAGACAGACCAGCAAGAGAAGGACCAACCAAGUCCAGUUACCGAGUGUGCCUCGUGGGUACUCACGGGAGACCCAGGAACCUGCGUGCAUCCUGGAAACCCAGAAUCGUUCAUUCUUAAGCUCCCGCGAGGCUGGGCCUACAGCCAGGUUCAAGGUGAAAAGGCGCAUCGCCGCCGUGUUGCUGAAGAAUACUCACAGGUGUGGGGACAGAGGACGAGCCACGGGCCGCGGCUGCUAGGGAUCUGUCGCUUGGCUGGGAAGGAGUUUAUGUGAAUCAGAAAUCCUGCCAGAAGAUUCAAGAAGCUGUAGAGGUGGCACAAAUCUGUGAAGGACCAGCAUGGGGAUCCUAUACUCCGAGCCCAUCUGCCAGGCGGCCUACCAGAACGACUUUGGGCAGGUGUGGCAGCUGGUAAGAGACGACAGCGCCUGCAUCAACGUGCGAGACGGCUUUAAUGGAGACACCCCCCUGAUCUGCGCUUGCAGGCGAGGACACCUGAGAAUCGUUUCCUUCCUUUUAAAAAGAAAUGCUGACGUCAACCUCAAAAACCGGAAAGGGAGAAACUGCUUGCAUUAUGCUGUGAAGAAGAGAUUCACCUUCUUUGAUUACCUACUCAUCAUCCUCUUGAUGCCCGUUCUGCUUAUUGGGUAUUUCCUGAUGGUGUCCAAGACCAAGCAGAACGAGGCCCUGGUGCGAAUGCUGCUGGACGCCGGCGUCGACGUCAACGCCACCGACUGCGCCGGCUGCACCCCGCUGCACUACGCCUGCCAGAUGAAGAACCAGACGCUCGUCCCCCUGCUGCUGGAGGCCCGGGCGGACCCCACCAUCAAAAACAAGCGAGGCGAGAGCUGCCUGGAGGUGGCGCGCAGACUGCGCUUCCCGCAGAUUGAGGCCAUGCUAAGGAAGGGCUCCUAACCCUGGGGACGCCGGAGACCUGCGGGACUGGAUCGCGUCCCCGGCUGCACCGGCUGCACCGCUGGGCGGCCGAGGACCUGGGCGAUUCCCGGCUUGGCAGGUGCCACGGUGACGCCGCUCCGGGGAGCUCCUGGCUGGUGGCCGCUGGGGACCCCGCAGCUCUCGGAGGGUCCGCUUCGGUCUCAGACUCAGGGUGUCCCGAGGAGGGAGGUGGCGGCUGCCUGGGUCGCUCCGAUGAGCUGCCCUCCUGGAGGCUGCGCUUCCCUGUGGCGCCUGGGGAUGGGCUCCCCCGUCCUGCUGCAGGAGCGAGAGGGGGAGCGAGACUGUCGGGCGGGGACGGGACGGGAAGGGAAGGGAAGGGACGGGCGGGACGGGACUGGACGAGGCGCUUCCUCUGUGAACCUUCACCGGCCACGCGCUCCAAUAAAAGCCCGUGUCGUCCCACUGGGAGUCUGCACGGAGGGGACGCGGCGCUGCCGCUCGGGGCUCGGGGCCUCCCCUCUUCCCCCCGGGAGCCGACAGGCCCUCUUGUC